AUGGACGUAGCAGCUUCAGCGGAAGUGGACCUCAUUUCCGCCUUGCCUGCCGAAUUGAAGCACUGGAUCGUGGGCCAGGUCACCAACAGGAAAGGUCUCUACAACCUAUGCCUGGUGAGCAAGGACUGGAACGACUUCGCGCAUUCUGCGUUAUGGACGGCGGUGGAGGCACCCAAAGCGGGGGAUGGGAGGCUCUCCAAGUUUCUUAAAAACGUCGACGAUAACGCCUUCAGCUCUGUAAAGCUCGUUCGAUCCCUCAGUCAAGCGGGAUGGUCUGGACUAUGCAACGCAGCGUUUUCUGAGCUACAACACCUCAUUUACGGCAAUGAAGAAGGCAUUUUUCGGGGGAAUUCCAGCUAG